AUGCAAGACUUAACAAAUAUUCGAACAAAAUUAAAUGAUGAUCUUUUCGCCACGACUCAAGAAACAUGUCUUGCUUUAUGUCGUGUACAAGAUAUAACAAAAAAAUCGAAAGAUAAAGCAUACAUCAUAUGUGCUUGUAUUUAUCAAAAAGCAGAUCCUCAACCAUCAUUACAUCUUAUUCGUAUGGGUGAAAAAGCAAAUGAAAUAGCUAAAAAGAAAGCUACUAUUCUAUUACGUGAUGUUAAAACAAUUGAUUGUGCUCCAGUACCCAAUGAUAAACGUCAAUCAUCAUCAUUAGGUAUUGAUAUAACAACAACCGAACGAGAAUAUUCAUAUCAAGCAUUAAAAUUAGAAGAAAAACAAGAAUUUCUAACUAAUUUAAGAAAAAUAACAAAUCAUCAUUUAAGACAAAGUCGAGAUAAACCUAAAUAUCUUAAUCUUCCAAAUGAUGAUGAUUUGAUAGUAAAUCCACAAAAUAUGGAAACAUUAUCAAAUCGUCCAUCAGCAAAUGAAACAUGGGAUGCGAUAACUCAACAAGAAGAACAAGAUUUAACCAAUCUUAUGUCAGAAUAUGAUUUUGCUAUAAAAGAUGCUGAACGUUUUGUUGAUAUGCUUCAACAACGUUUAACUGAUCUCGAUGUUGCAAAUGUUGAAACAGUAAUGGCAUCGGAAAAAGGUGCUGUACAAUUAAUGAAUAUGUUAGAUAAAGCAGUUGAAGAAAUAUCAAAAAUUGAUGGUCGUUUAGGUCUUUAUGAGAAAAAAUUAAGUACGGUUGCUGAUGCAGUUAAAAUUAUGAGUCGAAAAGAUUCAUUAAUUCAAAUUGAAACAGCGAAUGUUCAAAAAUUAACUGAAACACUAGAAAAUCUACUUGAUAUGCAAGAUUUCUCUGAUGAUUAUAUUCAUUUAUUACAAAAUAGUGAUUUAACAAAUGAUAAUGACCGAACAACAUGUAUACAAGUAGCUACUUUAUUAACACAAGCAUUAGGAGUACAAUUACAACCAGGUAUGGAAAAAAUGUCUGCAAUAAGACAAAGACGAGAUUUACUUGAACAAACACAAAAAGCAUUUUCAUUACGAUGUAAAAAUUUUCUUAGUAGUAAAUUUGUUUUUCAUUCGCAAGAAUAUGGUGAACGUUUUGAAAUAGGUGGUAAUGAAUUACCACGUCAUGGUGAAAAAAUGCUUAGACCACUUAUACCCUUUAGUCCUUUAUGUCAUUGGUUAAAAGCUUCAUCACCCACACAUUUUAAAGAAGUUUGCCAUGCUUAUAUUUCCCAAAUUCGACCGAUUUAUACAAAAGAAAUUCAUGGAUUUUUUGAAUCAGCUCGAUUAGGUGUUAUGAAAGGUAUUGCUCCGAUGCUUGACAAACGUGCUGCUGGAUCAGUUUCUACAAUAAAUACAAUUCGUAGAGAUAAACAACAUGCGCAAAGUCAAUCCACUGGUGGUGUACCGGAUCAUGAUCCAAUUUUUUUAAGAAAUUAUACAAAAGAAUUUCGUACACGAUGUGAUAAAAUUUUCGAUCGUGUACUUGGUCAAAUUGCAAAUAUUGUACGUGAAGAACAAUCAUUUUGUGUAAAUUUUUUUAAUUUUCUCGAUGAAAAUACAACGUCGGGUGAUAAUGCACCUGAAUCAACAGAAAGUAUUGAGAAUUUUAAUUCAUCUGGUUUGAAACAAAUGCUUACGGAUUUAUUCGAACCAUUAGAUAGUGAAAUAAAAUCUUUAAUUACUCAUAUAAAAACUAAUGAUCCAUUUACGGUUCUUUAUUUAUUUGUUCGUAUGAGUGAACAUACAAUAGCUGUUCAAAAUUAUGGAGCAUUUCUUAAUAAAUUGUAUGCUGGAAAUUUAAUUUUAUUAAAACGAGAUGUUGAUAGUUAUGUUAGUGAUAUCUGUCAACGUAUAAAUGAACAUCGCCCAGUUAGAAAUCAAAGAGUUAAAAUUUUACCAUUUGAUUUUAGUGAAGAAGCAGAAAUUAUUUUUGAUAAAUCACCAAGAAUGGUUGAUUUACAUAGAGUUUAUAAGAAUUUAGUAGCAGCAAUUUUUCGUGGAAUUGAACAAUGUGCUUCAGCAGUGGUUAGUGAUGGUAAAACACCCCAUUCAAUGAUUCGAUUAGAAAAUUAUCAUCAAAUGCAACAUAUAAUGGGCAUCAAUAAAUUAUCUGCAUUAGAUGCAGAAAAACAAGAAGCACGAAAAAAUUAUAAUGCUGCAAAAGCUGAAUAUGAACGUGAAUAUUGUGGAUUUCCAUUUGAAAAAUUACAUACAUUUUUUGAACGUGUUGAUGAACUUCGUAAACGUUUAGCUAAAGAUGAAGAUGUUCAAUUUCAAAGUGAUUGUAGUAUUAUUGAGCUACGUCGUCUUGUUCGUGAACAUCCACCAAAAGAAGUUAAACGAGGUUUAGAAAAUUUAUCUAAGAAAAUUGAAAAACAUCUAUCAGAUAAUACAGGUCUUAUACAAGCAAUAUGGCAUGAUAUACAAUCUCUUGUCUUAGAUGAACAUCAACGAAUGACAAAAUUAAUUGAACUUUGUUAUCCUAAUUCGAAUAUACAUUUAGAAUUUACUGUAGAAAAUCUUCUUGCUUUUUUCACUGAAACCGCACCUACUUCACAUUAA